UGGACCAUUCUAGGCCGGCACCAUGUCCAAGGCUCCAAGCAAAGCAAUGGGGCGGCUCCGUUUGCAUACGUAACCGGUCCCAGGCUUGAAAAUCCGUUUCCGCUUUUGCAAGACGCCUUCCACUGUGAGAAUACAUCCCCCCUCCGGACUAGAUCUGGCAUCCUGGAAGAGACAGCCAGCUUGAGCUCCCGUUCCGCACUCGCCCCGGACCAGCGGCCGCCGCCAUUGAGCUCCAGCCGGACCGAUCCGCUCUUCAGGUACGUGGUCCGAGGCACAGGAAAUCUAGAUGGGGAGUAUCAUGAAACUAUAUUACGAGUGGGAAAUCCAGGUGCUUGUGCUCCUUAGCUUCAUGCUACAGAUGUUCCUCUUCUUCGCCGGCAGCCUUCGGCGGCGUAGCGUCAACUCGUUUCUCAGGUUCUUCACUUGGAUAGCUUAUCUGGGCGCGGACUUGGUGGCAGUUUACACCCUGGGCUACCUCUCACGCCAUGAGGAUGUGACCGCUGGACUAUCUUUCUUCUGGGCACCAUUUCUUCUCAUCCAUCUUGGUGGGCAGGACACCAUUACUGCUCUCGCCAUGGAGGACAACAAGUUGUGGUUGAGGCAUUUACUGACUCUGUUUAUGCAAGUUGUCCUAGCUUUAUAUGUUUUCUGGAAGUCCAUUCACAAACAUGGCGUGGAGCUUCUAGUUUCAGAUAUCUUUGUGUUUGCUGCUGGAAUUAUCAAGUAUGGAGAAAGGGUAUGGUCUCUCAAGUGUGGGAGCUUUGAAACCCUCGAGGGUUCCACUGGAGAACAGUACAAGCAACAGGUGCCGAGUGAGGUUGCCGAGGAUCCCUAUUCUCAAAUUGUUUGUGCUGUCCUGCAUCGUAUGCCACGUGUCUUUCGAAUCUUUACAGCACGAUCAGGUGAUAGCGGUAACAUUAUCCAAGAAGCCCCAAGCAAUUGGGUGAAGCGGAUGAGGCUCGAGCUUGGCAUGAUGUACGAUGAUCUGUAUACUAAGUCCUGUGUCCUCAGAACAAGGAGUGGCAUCAUAUUGCGAUGCAUCUCUCAGGUGUCUGUUCUGGUUGCCUUUGUGCUCUUCCUCACGAGCGACAAACGGAGGUACAAUAGAGCCGACAUUGCAAUCACCUGGUCGCUCUUCGUAGGAUGCUUUUCGUUGGAAGUAUGUGCCAUGUUUACUUUGAUAAUGUCACCAUGGUCCUGGGCGUGGUUGAAGAUGCGAAGGUGCAGCAUGCUUGCAAAGUUGUCCUGGUUUCUCCUGUGCAGUGGCAUUGGAUGGCCAGAGAGGAAGCCAUAUCUAAACUCAAUUGGGCAGUACAACUUCCACAGGUGGUUGGAUGCAGGCAGCGACCAGCCAAGGUCAUACAGUCGACGAGCAAUGACCACAGUGAUCAAAAGCUUGGUGAAUUUGGUUGGUGUCAAAGAGGAUAAAAUGUUGUUCUGGAUGAGCAGGUUGUUAGACACCGAGCACGUGGAGGCAGAUAAGGAGACGAUGGAGUGUGUUGUGAAGGGAAUCACCGACUUCGAUGCUGAAAUCAACAGAGAUCCCCGGCAGUGGCCAAAACUUGGCGGCAUAGUGCAAGAGCUACAAGAUAUUCGUGAAGAUUUUGGUGGGAAGGUUGCUUUAGUGCAUUUUAUCACAGAGGCACACCUGAGAAAAUAUCCUCUUCAUCCUCCUUCGGACAUGGAGACAGACACAGGUACCAGCUGCAGUGUCUUGGUGGAAGUAUGCCGGAAACUAUCCAACUACAUGGCAUACCUUUUGGUUACCCACCCUUUGCUGUUGCCGCUUAAUGAGAGCGCCUUAUAUACGCUGGAGAAAAUGGCACACUUGUUUCCACAUCUUAUUGAUGAGCAGCAGGAUUCGGAAGGUUUCUUCAACAUCGAGCCAAGCAUGGAAACACUGCAGGAAUUGGUCGACAUAUGGACGAAGCUGCUCAUCUAUGCGGCCACCAAGUCCCGGCCAGAGCUGCACGCGGCACACUUGGCCAGAGGAGGGGAGCUUAUCACCUUCGCCUGGCUGUUCUUGAGCCACAACUUUUUGGGAGAUUCCGAGGUGAUCAAGGUGCAGCUUACCAAUGCCAAUCAAAGAGGGACAAUAGCAUACGUCUUCGGAAAUCCUGCACCAAGAUAAGAGCAUCAGUUCCAACACAAGCCCUGCAGAGUGCAAACUCCUCCGUUCUUCAUUCGAUUUGAUUUUACUCCUCUUCUGUUUGCAUCUGGCACAUCUCCCGUCGUAGAACAGUACUGAAGUUUAUACAGUAUCGCAGCUGACAUCUAGAGGUAUGUGACAUUUUUUUUGCAGUAAUGAGCAGUGCAGAAAUACCAAUCGCUGUAUUCGUUAAUAAAAACUGGUUAUGCAGAAACAGUGUCACUAUAGAAAGCACUUCCAUUGCUGUCCUCGUCGACAUUCCUUUGUUGUGGUAGCAUCAUUUAUACACUGCAGCUACAAUUGGGAUGCUUAGGUGUUGCUGUACUAACUGAAGCCAGAAAAAGAACUUAAUCUGUCCAUGUGGGCAGUACAGGAACUGAGAAGCCAAAAAAAGGCUACUGUGAGAUAAGUCAUACCAUAUUUGUAUGGAGCAAUAGCUUACAAGACUGCUUCUGAGACUUCAUAAUUCACACACUUAUGACAGUGUGCUUCAACAAGCAAUUCAGGCUCAAAGUUUAUAACCCAGCCUAACUAAUUAACACGGCUGAUGUGUGAAAUGAUCCCAAAUAACGCACCACUGUUCUUUCCAAAUAGCGUCACAUUCUCUGGCUGUUCUGAGAUCAACAGAUUCCAUAGUAUGAUCAAACAUGGUAACUAAGAGUUUCCGUUUGAACCGUCAGAAGCUUCUAGGUAACAAAAGUCGAAAACACUGAAAUAGAGUAAGUAGCAGCAUGAUAUCAUCCUCGCAAACUUGUUUCAUUUUUCUCUAUCUCAAGAAAGGCAUCAUCAUGUCCCUGGCAAUCACAAAAGAUCAUCAUAGUACUCCAAAUUACAGAACAGUUCUACAACUUAUGACUAGAUCUUCGAAGCUAGGUCAUUAUUAGGAGGAGCUUAUAACAUGACUGAAUCUUUGUAGUCAGCUCAUUAUCAGGAGUAGCUGCAAGACAUGAUUUGUGAUGGUGAGGGUAUAUUGGCAGAGUUCAUUUAUCCAGAGCUGAGACGGAGCUCACUAGUUAAGGCUACAUUACAAUUGUCUGUCAACGAGGAAGAGGAGUGAGUACACAUGAAUGACAAAUUGACAAGCAAAUCAGUAUCAGCGGCACAAUCCCUUAGAGCAUGGUUAAUAGUAUAGCCAGCUGCUGGCUAUAAGCCUGUGCCAUGUCAUCUACGGCCCAUCUUAUAGCCAACAUGUAUAAUAGUAGAUCAAAAGAGUGUACUACUUUUUUAUUAUGUGGCCCACCUUUCAUUCUCAAAAGGUGCCUAGGAGCACGUGCUAGAGUUGGCUCUUCACGAAGAGCCCGCUUACCUUCUCUCUCCUCUUCUUUUUCCUCCAACUAAGCAGAAAUAUACUAGUUUAUUCCUUAUAGCCCGCUGACUCAGCUCUAUUGUACUUGCUCUUAGUGAAAGUCAGAGGUUUGACACGUCAUUGGCAACUUAGGCAUAGGGGCACAUGUAUGAAAGACUUGGACAUGUUAAUCUCUGAGAAAAAGAUACAUGUAUGUAUUUA